CACUCUCUCAGGGUCACACAGACAAGAGUUUAAGGGACCAGUUCUGGACGCCAACCACACCGGGUCGACCGCAGGCUGCAGCAGGACGUACUGGUCAGAGGGAGACUGAGAGACAGGAGGAGCUGCCGGAAAAGAUUCAUCUAUAUCACUUCCUGGUGGCCCUCUCCAUCACAAAGGCCCGUCUUCAAGGCACUGCUACCUGUCCAAUAGUCGUGUGUGAGUGUGUGUGCGUGCGUGGGCGUGGGUGUGGGUGUGUUUGUGUGUAUGUCGUGUAUGUGUGUUCCCGUCCUCAUCUCCAACCAAUUAAUGCAUUAGUAUGCAGGGUGCUUGUGUGUCAAAAUUGUGCGUGUGCAUAUGUGUGUCUGUGCUCCUCCGCAGUGUUAUUUCACAGCCACCUACAGAAAGUGACACCUACACGGAAUGCACAGAUGGGUAUCACUGGGACCCUCAGACUGAGCAUUGCAAAGAUAUAAAUGAGUGUGAAACCAUUCAAGAUGCCUGCAAAGGGGAAAUGAAGUGUUUCAACCACUAUGGAGGGUACCUGUGCCUUCCUCGCUCUGCGUCCGUCAUCCCCGCCCCAGAGCCACCCAUCACGCCCACCGAGCCCUUUAACCCCUGCCCUCUGGGCUAUGAGCCACAGGGAGACAGCUGUGUGGAUGUCGAUGAGUGUGAGCGAGACGAACACGACUGCCAGCCCAGCCAGCAGUGUAUCAACACACUGGGCGCCUUCACCUGCCAGUGUCCAGAUGGCUAUCGCAAGGUUGGCACAGAGUGCAUCGACAUCGACGAGUGCAGGUACAGAUACUGCCAACAUCGUUGUGUCAACGUUCCCGGCUCUUUCGCUUGUCAGUGUGAACCCGGCUUCCAACUGGCAGGAAACAACAGAUCAUGCAUUGAUGUGAACGAGUGUGACAUGGGCGCUCCGUGCUCCCAGAGGUGUUACAACACAUAUGGCACCUUCCUCUGUCGCUGUGACCAAGGCUAUGAGCUGGGGCCGGAUGGAUUCGCUUGCAACGACAUUGAUGAGUGCAGCUUCUCCAGCUACCUGUGUCAGUACCAGUGUGUCAAUGAACCGGGGAAGUUCUCCUGUGUGUGUCCGGAAGGAUAUCAGCUGCUGGGAACCAGACUGUGUCAGGAUAUAAACGAAUGUGAAACAGGUGAAAACCAGUGCACAGAGACGCAGACCUGCGUGAAUGUCCAUGGACGGUACCAGUGUGUGGACUCGAACCGCUGCCAAGAACCAUACGUCCAGGUGUCUGAGAACCGCUGUGUGUGUCCUGUCAGCAAGCCGGCCUGUAGAGAUUUACCUUUCUCUACCGUUCACCGCUACAUGACCAUCACCUCGGAGCGGUCCGUCCCCUCAGACAUCUUCCAGAUCCAGGCCACCAGCGUCUCUCCGGGGGCUUACAACACCUUCCGCAUCCGCUCCGGUGAUGAGAACGGAGACUUUUACAUCAGGCAAAUCAAUAAUAUCAGUGCCAUGCUGGUGCUGGCCCGCGCUGUGUCCGGCCCCAGAGAGUACACGUUGGACCUGGAGAUGGUGUCAGUGAACCCCCUGCUCAGCUACCACGGCAGUUCCGCCCUCAGACUCACCAUCUACGUUGGGCCUUACACCUUUUAAAGAGGAGGGAGGGAAACAAAAAGAAGAAGAAGAAGACUGGGGAGACAGAGAGAAAAGAGAGAGAGAAAGAGCUGAGGAUUAACAGAUGCAAAAAAAAAGAAAAAGAAAAAAGAAGCUGUUGCCGAUGCAGUUCAACCAGUCACUGUGAUGUUACACUCUUAGCUUUUUGUACUUAGUUGUUCAAAGAAAGCCACACGUUUCUGUCAGCCCACACCGUAUUACACCUAAGAAUAUACAUGCAGUACAGUAUACAGUGUACAUGUAGCAUUGAUGUCUCACAGAUGAAAGAUCCGCCUUUAAAAAGAUGAGUCCUGUCGAAUUGUUCCCCCGUGUUUGAUGUUUCACUUGAUUUCACGUCAAAUGUUUGUUUUUUUGUCACGGUAUACGUCACAUUUCCUGUUCUUCACACAGUGUGAUCACAAGUCAGUGCCGCAUGGCCUCAGGUGCACCGAUUUACGCCCCGGAGUCACCAGAUGAAUCCAUUUUCACCAGUUUACAUCCUUAUCUUCAGUUCCACUCUGUCUGCCGCUUCAUUCUUGUCGGCCCCGUUUUCCUUUCUGACAGACAUGAUUCCGUAACCACUCAUAUGAGACCUCAGCAUCCAUCCACGCUCCUCCUUCUCCACCACCCGCCACCAUUCACUCCUCAGUUCAAGCUCUCUGUAACUGCCAUUUUUGUUUGUUUGGAUUGUCACGUGUUGUACUUUGUAUUUUUUUGUUUUAAGAUUUGAAGCCAAAUAAAAUAAAACGUUAUACAUUUA